AUGGAGGCGCUCCUGAGGGAGGCGGGCGAAGGCCUCGGGCACGGGCGCGGUGACAGCGGCAGCAACACGUGUCGGUCCGUCGACGAGCUCAAGACGCGGAUCACGGCACUGUUCGCGGGCAAAGUGUCGGAGACGCACGCAGAGCACGUCUCGGCGUCGUUUGACAUUCCAGCGGAGGUGGUGCUGAACCUGGGCGACGCGCUGGCGUCCCAGCCGCAGCAACAGGCAGACGAACAGCAGCAGCAGCAGCAGCAGCAGCAGCAACAACAGCAACAACAAAACGGCGGGUCAGACAACGACCCCGUGGUAGCAGCAAUACGGGGUGGCGCACUGGUGGGCGGCGUGCUGCGCAACGUUGUGACGGUGCGUGAGGUGGUCAUGAGCCAACCGGAGGUCAACCCGCUGCUGCAGCGGGCGGUGGCGGCGUUCCUGAUCAUCCAGGUGCGGCAGGCGGACGGCAGCACGUGGACGGCGCAGGAGCCGACAAAGGCGACGCAAGGGUGGACAAUACCGUACGUGUGCCAAAACUCCAUGGCCUGCUGGCACCAGGCACACAAACGGUCGCGCGUCGUGGGGCAGUCGGCGCUGGAGGACAUGCAGGACCCGCUGAGCCUGUCCCGCCCGGCGUACGACUGCCGCGGCGUCGUCAUGUUUUCGUUUUCGCGCUUCAGCCGGUCGGUUGUCGUCACGUAUGAGCACACCAACUUCCACCGCAGCGUGUCGCAGUUGGCAGCGCUGUUUCCGCCUCCACGACCGCCAUCGCCGAUCAACCUGGCCCUUGCGACGCCCGGCUCGGCGAACAAGCGCCAGAAGACGAUGGCGACGACGACGACGAGCGGCGAGCCCAAGAAGAAGCGGCAGAAGAAGGCACCGGCAAAUGGUGCUGCGGCAGACGGGCCCGUUCCGGAAGGUCAGGAGCUGACGGCCAGCGGGGCUCCCAAGAAGCCAAAGAAGCCGAGGAAGCCGUCGGAAAAGAAGAAGAAGGGCAAAGAAGGCGAAGCCGGCCAGGCAGCCGUUGUCGGCGGCACUGCAGGCGAUGGAGCAAGCGCGGCAGCCGUUGGCGGGGCGGAGGGCGUCUCAUCCAUUGCAUCUGCGGCGACGGAUAUGAUGAUGGACCUGGGCAUCGAUGUUGGCCACGAUACCGAUCUGAACGAGAGCCAGAUGGCGGAUGCGUUGCUGCGACAUCUGAACGACUACCCGGAAGACAACACGGAGACAGCAGCAGCCAUGAUGGAUGCCCUUGUCGAGCACAGCGCCGCGUCGGGCUCGGCAGCAGGGCCGCGUGGAACCGACAAUGCCGAGACAACAGCACCACCAGCACAACCACCAACAGAACCGGCCACGGAUGCAUCGGCCACUACGACAAACACGCGCAAGGCACCGUAUCAGACGGUCACGGACGCCGAGGUGUCGGCGAUACGCAAGCUGUCAGCCAUCAGGCUGCUCACACGCCGCAAUGUCGAUCCGGGCACGCUGACGCACGACCAGUUCUGCACAUUUGCGAACCAGGCCCCUGCCCUCCAGAAGGAGUCGUUGGAGCUUCUGGCGCACUAUGGUGCCGAGCGCCUGGCCAUUGUGCCGGCGGACAAGAACGCCAACAAGACACAGUCUCCCUCGCCUGCUCCGGCAGCGGCUGCAACAUCGACCGCAGUCCCAGUCCCAGUCCCGGUUCCAGUCCCAGUCCCAGUCCCAGCCCUAGUUCCAGCCCCAGUUCCAGCCCCAGUCGCGGAUGCUACAAAGACAAAGAAGUCGCCUGGCAAGAAGCCGGCAGCCAAGAAGAAACAGACCGAGGACGGCGGCGCGGUAAAUAGCGCGACUGCCACGCCCACAACAGGCGUCGCUCUACCUGGCCUCCGCAGCACGGACGGCAAUGCGUCCGCCUCGAGCUGGCAGCCGCCACAACACCAAACAGCCAUACCACUUCCACAGACAGCCACGCCAGCAACACCGGCCGCCAAGCCAACGCCACGGCGGCGAAAGUCGACCGCGAACAAGGCUCUCCAGAACACUGCCGCCGUCGUAGAAAGUGCAAGCGCCCAGACGCCAGCACAGUCAUAUGUGGCUCCGACAAACGUGUCACCAGUGCCUCUACCUCUCACGGCUUACCCGCAGGCGGCUGUGGCCACCAUGGCCUCUACCUCAGCAGCAGCAGAAGCAGCAGCAGGAGCAGCAGAUGCGCCGACAAAGGGGUCGGCAAAGAAGCCGCGUGCAUCCCGGAAAAAGAAGGACGCCACGCCAGCGCCGGCAGCAAAGCCAAGUGUCCAAAGCGCCCAGUCAACAAUGGCACACGACGCGGGCACCGGGGAUCAGCAGUCCAGCAAUUACUACAGUGCCUACCAGCAGACGACACAGCCACAGCAGCCGCCGCAGCAACAAUACAGCCACACGUCGAGCAGUGCAAAUAUGCAGCGGAACCAACACGCCGCAUCCGUCUUGUCGCCGCCCCUGAUCAACACGCAGCAGGCCAGUCCCAGCCUAUCAGCUUAUCACAACAGAAACAACAGAAACAACGGCAACAACGGCAACAACGGCAACAACGGCAACAACGGCAACAACGGCAACAACGGCAACAACGGCAACAACGGCAACAACGGCAACAACGGCAACAACGGCAACAACGGCAACAACGGCAACAACAAGACAACCGCACCGUACAGCACACAAGCGCCCAACGGGGCCGCUGGUCAGACGGCGGACACUUCAACGGGCUACAACCAAUACGGCGACUUUGGACGGAACAACGGCAGCAGUACGUCCGGAACUGGUGCCGUUGUGACGACAACAGCGGCCACAAAGAACAACAGCAGCAGCGGCAACGGCCAAAACACAGUGGCCAACACGCACAUCGCGUAUGACAACUACCUGGGCGACUACGGCCGCCGGACGGACUCGCCCGCGUACAAUGCCAGCCAAUGGCCUGCAGCAUCGACGAACAACGGCACGACGGCCGACCCGAACGCGUAUGCUGCGUCGACCACACUACAACAACAACAGCAGCAGCAGCAGCAGCAGCGGACCACCACACCCGGUGCAUACAACAGCCUGCCACGCCCAGCAGAAAUGCCUAGUAUGCCCUCCAUGCCAACAUCCAAUAUGUCUUAUGCCCACCUGCUUCAGCGCCAGCAGCACCAACAGCAGCAGCGGCAACAAAGCUACCCACAGGGCCACCAGCGGCAGCAGUCUGCUCCCCGCCAGCCUCCACCGCAGCACCAGUCCGCACAGCACCACCAGGACACGGCUGCGCAGCAAGCCGCCUGGUCCCAUUAUGGAACAUCCACAAUGGCACAACAGCACCAACAGCAGCCGCAGAGCCAGAGACACUCGCCCGUCGCAGCCUAUGGAGCCGCUACCCAACAGACAUACAGCAGCAACGACAACAACAACAACAACAAUAAUAAUAAUACUGCUGCUGCUGCUGCUGGCGCUGCCAUCCGGUCCGGAACGCGCACGCCUUCCGGUGCUGCCAAUAGCGCUGGCUAUGGGCAUACUGCCGCCGGCGGUACCGGUGGUUACCAGCAGCCGCAGACCCAGCAGAACAUGCGCAACCACUUACCGCAGCAUCACCAGUACCAACAGCCCCCACAGCAGCAGCAGCAGCAGCAGCAGCAGCAGCAGCAGCAACAUCACGCACGCUCCAACAUGGGCCACAGUGCAUAUGGCAACAACCAAGUGAUGAACGAGGACCUCUACGACAUUCUGCGUAGGGCGCAGGGCUAG